AUUUGUCAACGUAUGACGGGCGCCGUUGCUCACAUAUUGCACUCAAAAGAUUCGGAAAACCGAGAGGAGGAGGCAGCGGAAACAUGCUCGACCCCCCCUCCGUGGCAUUGGCCAUCCGCUCGCAUAUUCCGGAGAUUCCCAGAGACGAUUGGCGAGCAUGUAACACAUUCACCCACACCUACCUCAUUAUCACCAACAGGGCGGUGACGUGCUAUUUUGUAAGGGAAACUGACAGCUCACAAAUAGCCCCCCAUCUCCCAAUUUGCCAUGUUUGCACAAUUUAAACUUUGAGUGGCGUAGCGAGCCGCUAUCCGACGUUUGCUCUGAGCCGCCAUCACAACAACCGAGACAGCCUGACAAGUCUACAGGAACGCUCCUCGCCAACCUCCAAAUGGCAUCGGUAGCAGCAGCGGCGGCGCACGAGUCGAGCUCCGCGCUCGCCGAUGCUUUACUCCCGGCGAGCAUAUUCGCGCCUGACCGCGGAGGAUGCGCGGACGACCCCGGGGACGAGUUCUACGAGGACGGGGACGCAGUCAACGGAGAGCCCGAGGACCGGAGGAUCGACUUUACCAGCAAGUUGGCUCUUGUCAGUCCAAAUGGAGAGCAGUAUGACUCCUUACUUAGCCAGCUAAAGGACAGAAUGGAAGAAGGGUCCGGAGAGACCAUCUAUGUGGUUGGGAUGGGUUCAGAUGGUGGCGAUUGGGGUCUCAAUGAAAAGGAUAUGGAGGCUUCAGAGGCAACUGUGCGAUCCAUGUGUGCACAACUGGACUCUGAUCUAAUCCCGCUGAGGGAACGGACCGAAGCAGAGGGUUUGGUCCGAGAUUAUCUGAUCCGUCGGCGUGUGGGGGAGCUGGACUUCCUGGAGGUCAGGGUGGCAGUGGUAGGGAACGUGGAUGCUGGGAAGAGUACUCUUUUAGGAGUAUUAACGCAUGGAGAGCUGGAUAACGGCAGAGGCUUCGCUCGCCAGAAACUUUUCAGACACAAACAUGAGAUGGAGAGCGGCAGGACCAGCAGCGUGGGAAACGAUAUACUCGGAUUUGACCAAGAGGGACAGGUGGUGAACAAACCGGACAGCCACGGAGGAAGUCUAGAUUGGACCAAAAUUUGUGAGAAGUCCUCCAAAGUUAUCACCUUCAUCGAUCUUGCUGGCCAUGAGAAAUACCUCAAGACCACCGUGUUUGGCAUGACCGGACACUUACCAGACUUUUGCAUGCUCAUGGUCGGCAGUAACGCGGGGAUCGUGGGCAUGACCAAAGAGCACUUGGGUCUGGCACUCGCCCUCAACGUUCCCGUCUUUGUUGUGGUGACGAAAAUAGACAUGUGUCCAGCUAACAUCCUGCAAGAGACAUUAAAGCUGCUUCAGAGGUUACUGAAGUCCCCUGGCUGCAGGAAAAUCCCUGUCCUAGUGCAGAACAAGGACGACGUCAUAGUCACGGCAUCCAACUUCAGCUCUGAGAGGAUGUGUCCCAUUUUUCAAAUCUCAAACGUGACUGGAGAGAACAUGGACCUGCUCAAGAUGUUCCUGAACCUGCUGUCAUCCCGGACGUGCUACAGAGACGACCAGCCAGCCGAGUUUCAGAUCGACGACACCUACUCUGUACCGGGAGUUGGAACAGUCGUAUCCGGAACCACGUUACGUGGACUAAUCCGUCUGAAUGAUACCAUGCUACUGGGGCCAGACCCUUUGGGCAGCUUCAUUCCCAUCGCCGUCAAAUCCAUUCACCGCAAGCGAAUGCCUGUGAAGGAAGUCCGAGGGGGUCAGACUGCCUCGUUUGCACUCAAAAAGAUAAAGCGUUCAACCAUAAGGAAAGGCAUGGUGAUGGUGUCCUCAAGGUUGAACCCACAAGCCACCUGGGAGUUUGAGGCAGAGAUUCUUGUUCUGCAUCACCCCACUACGAUAUCACCCCGAUACCAAGCUAUGGUCCACUGUGGCAGCAUAAGGCAGACCGCCACCAUCUUGUCCAUGAACAGAGACUGCUUACGGACAGGAGACAAGGCCUCUGUCCACUUCCGCUUUAUUAAGACCCCCGAGUACCUUCACUGUGACCAGAGGCUAGUGUUCAGGGAGGGACGGACCAAGGCUGUGGGGACAAUCACAAAGCUCCUGCAGUCCACCAAUAAUUUGCCGUCAAACUCCAAACCUCCACAGAUAAAAAUGCAAUCCACGAAAAAGACACAGUCUCGAAAAGAGGACGGCACCACGGCAACCACCGACGAAGGCGUGACGAUAUCGCAGUCAUCGGGGCCAAGCGCGACACAUCCAAAGACGGGAGGAGGUGGGAGAAGAAGAGGAGGCCAGCGACACAAAGGGAAAGGCCAGAGCAACUCUGCAGCAGUGGCCUCCACAUCGGGAGCAGGAUGUUGCUGAACUGACUCUCUCUUUGCUUACCUCCCUCUCCAUCAGUCAUUCCAGCUAUUUUAGCACAAAACACUCCUCAGUCCUACUCCUCAUUGCCUUUUUUUUUUUUUAAACCAGGAUUUUUUUUUUUUUUAAAACAACAGAACGUGAAAAUUGGAUUUUAAGUCAA